UGUGUAGGUGACCAGUUCAAACAUCAAUUUUAGUCAUUUUUUAAACUUUAUUUCGAUCUUUUUAAAACGUUUUAGUAUGUUUUUUUACAACUUUAAAAAUUGAUCUGUAAUUACUGACUAAUUUUAAUUGUUUCUUGGCAUGUUUUGACUGGAAUUUUGGAGAUUUUGCGUGCGCAAAAGUAUUGACGGCGGCCCUAAUGACAACGUGAAUGUCGCAAACGUUUGGCUUACAUUAUAUUCAAGAGUAUCAAAACCUUUAGAAUUAUAUACACACUAAAUUGCAUUAAGCAAUAUAGAAAAUGUUUGUCAAAAUGAUCAACAAUAAUUUUAAAAGUACCUAAUAAUAUUUUCCAACUAAUGGUGUAAUAACCAUCACAUGGUUAAUAAAUACACAAAUCAUCAACAUAAAACAAAAACUGGUAACAAAUAAAAUAAACUUGCAAGAUGACUUGAACUGACAGUGACAUCUAAUAAUUCCAACAAAAAAAUAAUGUAAUUAUUUCAGCGCAAUCAACAGUACACUAGAACCCAAAUCCGUCUGUUUAGCAGGCGCUUCAGAUUUACGACAUCUGCAGCUUCCUCGAAGGCGAACACAUCCGCCUUGGAAUCGGAGGUUUUUAUCCGAGGCGAAUCAAACGUACAUUUAUAGUAAACUUAGUUACCGUUUUUGCUUAUAUUAUUACAAUUGCCCAAAUGGCAGUUGUAAUGAACUUUGUGCUUUCAAUAACUGAUAUAGUAACAAUAACGGAAGUAUUGCUCUUCUCUAUGACUCAAGUGGGAUUUGUUAAUAAACUGGUAAACUUUCACCGGAACUCCAGAAAAGUUGCAACGCUAGAUGAAUUGAUUUCACAAGAUAUUUUUACCAGGGUCACAGUCGCAGAGAUGGACAUUAUGAAGACAUCGUUUCAAAGGUGCCAGAAAGUCCUCAACAUAUUUUUAGUGUCUUGUUUCGGAGUAACUUUGCUAUAUGGAGUAGUUCCUGCUGUAAACGGAAUAAUGACUGGGACAAAAAUGUAUCCCUUCCCAGGGAAAUUUCCUUUUAAUCCUGAUGACUACUUUGUUCUUAUUUAUGGCGGAGAAGUGGCCACAGUUGCAGUUAGCGCUUGGAACAAUGGAGCAAUGGAUUGUCUAUUUACCAAACAUACAGUCAUAGCAACAACACUAUUUCGCAUACUUCGCAAAAAAAUUAAGGAUUUGCAUUACAACACCAACGAGGGGGAACGGCCGUUAGAAAAUCGCAUUAAACACUGCGUUCGAUACUACAACGAGAUAAUCAAAUAUGUUUCUGCAAUUGAAAACAUUUUCGCUUAUGGAAUUCUAGUGCAGUUUAUGUGUAGUGCUAUUGUGAUUUGCUUAACUGGGUUUCAACUAUUAGUGGUUGCUUCUGAAAGCGGACAAAGUGGCCUAUUGGUAGUCUACCUCUUCUGCAUGAUGUUUCAAUUGGUUUUGUACUGUUGGUAUGGUCACAUGUUAAUGGAGGAGAGUAAUCGUAUAACUGAGGCUUGCUACGCAAUCAACUGGCAUGAAAUGAAAAUUGGACAACAAAAAAUGCUCAUAACUAUAAUGGAAAGAGCUAAAAAGCCGAUCGCCUUAAAAGCGUUGGGUAUAUUUCGACUAAACUUGUCCACAUUAAUGACCAUUCUCAGAUCGUCAUACUCAUAUUUCGCAGUUCUGCAGCAGAUAUAUCGCAAAUGAUAAAAUUAUGGCUUUAGUUACGAAUUAAUCUACAUUACUUCUUCACAUGUUAACCCACAUUAAAUACACUUUAUGCAUAA